AUGACUCUCUACUACAGUCUCGUUUUCCUCCUUUUGGUGUUUGAGAUGGCCGUCUUCCUGGCUCUCAUCAUUCCUCUUCCCUUCACCGUCAAGCGCAAGCUUUUUGCCUUCGUCUCGGAAAGUCCGGUUAUUGCGAAGCUUCAAUAUGGCCUCAAGAUCACUUUCAUUUUCAUCCUCAUUCUCUUCAUUGACAGCGUCAACCGCGUUUACCGGGUCCAACAGGAGCUGGCUGCCUUUUCCAAGGACGGCGCCGGUGUCGGAGCUGCUCACCUCGGUACUGAUCGCAUGGAGGUGCAGGCCCGCAAGUUCUACUCGCAGCGCAACAUGUACCUUUGUGGCUUCACCCUGUUCCUCUCCCUGAUCUUGAACCGCACCUACAUCAUGAUCCUCGAAGUCCUCCGUCUUGAGGACCGUGUCAAGUUCCUCGAGGGCAACAAGAAGUCCGGUGGCAAGGACUCUGCCCGUGUUGCCGAGGCUGGCUCUGUUGGUGAGAUCGGCGCUUUGAAGAAAGAGCUUGAGGCCAAGGACCGCGACAUCGAGACUCUCAAGAAGCAGUGCGAGGGCCUGACCCGCGAGUACCACAAGCUCGGUGACGAGGUCUCUACCGACAAGGGAGAUAAGAACGUUAAGAAGGACAUGUAA